AUGAAGAACGGGACUCCCGGGGGACUAACAAACGCCGUCUCAGGUGAGGGGUGCCUGGAGAUUCAGGCUGGUUCUGCCAGAAAGCGGGGUGAGUCGCCGGGAGGUGGUAAUCAUAUUACCGCACAAUACAGCACUGCCACAGCUCCGCCCCAGCCUCAAGGGGCCGUCCGCCUCGGCCUGUCAGCCAACCACAGCAGACAUACAGACCCACCUGGCUCGCUCCUCCAAGGCUCGGCUGUCGCGCUUGCCGAUACCGCGCUUACUUACCGCAGCAACAUCAACGACGACAUUCUACGCCGCUGCAGCCUCCAUCAUUCAGGAAUCAAACGCGCCGGCUGCUCUAGAACUUUGCCUAGCGUUCCUGACAGGCCUCCUGUUACACGCGCCUCUAUCGCCCUCGAGAACGACCCCCGCCCCAGACGCACCGCCCUCUUCGCCUUCUGGGGGGCUUUGCUUUUCGAGACGGAUUCGGAUACGGCGGAGGAUGAAAGGGCCGGACGAUCCAUGGGUGUAAUCCGGAAGAAGACCGCUACGCGCGGCACAGAAGGCGGCACCAAAUAUCAUUGCGACGUCUGCUCUAUUGAUAUCACUUCAACUGUCCGAAUAUCUUGCGCGCAUUCAUCCUGUCCUGAAUAUGACCUCUGCGUUCCAUGCUUCGCGGCUGGCGAGAGUUCCAAAACGCAUGACCCCCGAACCCAUCCCUUCCAUGUAAUCGAACAAAAUUCGGUGCCUAUAUACACAGAAGACUGGGGCGCCGAUGAGGAACUAUUGUUGCUAGAAGGCGCCGAGAUCUACGGGCUAGGAUCAUGGGCCGACAUCGCCGACCAUAUCGGAGGAUACCGCACCAAGGAGGAAGUGCGCGACCACUACGUUGACACGUAUCUCGACAAUCCAAACUUUCCCUUACCAGCCCGAGCCGAUCCCGAAGAUAAAACCUUACAAGACCUCAUUUCGAAAGAAGAAUUUCAAACACGCAAAAAGCGGCGCAUUGAAGAGCGCAAAGAUGCUGCCAAGACAGCACCGCCCGCGACUCCCAAACAAAAACCCACGGCCAGUGUCCCGUCAUGUCACGAAGUCCAGGGCUAUAUGCCUGGGCGGCUGGAGUUUGAGACUGAGUUCUGCAACGAGGCCGAAGAGGCCGUUCAGCACAUGCAAUUUGAGCCUGGCAAUGGCCUGAAUGCAAACGGCGAGAUGGAACCUGAAAUGGAGCUGAAGAUGACCGUUAUGGAAAUCUACAAUUCGCGCCUAACUCAGCGGACGGAGCGGAAAAAGGUCUUGUUCGAGCACAACUUGCUCGAAUACCGGAAAAACACGGCGCAAGAGAAGAAGCGAACAAAGGAAGAAAAGGACUUGAUGAACAAGGCCAAGCCUUUCUCCCGGAUGAUGAACCACGACGACUUUGAAGAGUUCUGCAAGGGUCUCGAAUACGAACACAAUCUCCGACUAGCGAUAUCUCAGCUGCAAGAAUGGCGGCAGUAUGGCAUCACCGACCUCAAAAGCGGCGAAAAAUACGAACAGGAAAAACAAUCACGAGCGCAGCGCGCCAUUCCAACAGGUUCGUUUGAUCGGCUCGCCAGCGUGCGUCCGGCGAAACAGAUGCAACAACCAGAAGGUCCAUCGCAAGCCAGCUUACUCACAACACCCGAGCUACCUUUACGCUUCCAAAAGGCCGCCAAACCGGCAGCCGGUCCCGACACAAAUGUCCCGCUUAAUGAUUUCGAUCGUGCUUUUGGUGAUGUCGGCACUCCUCAACCCGCCGCAAAAUCAAAGUACGUCGUGCAGCCGCUCAACGGGGUAGUCCCGUGGAAGCUGGAGAAUGAAGGUGCACCAGAUCUACACUUGUUAGCCAAGGAAGAAAUCGAUCUGUGCAAUGCUUUACACGUGCAGCCGAAACCAUAUCUUGUUAUCAAGGAGACUUUGCUCAAGGAAUCCAUGAAACAGAAUGGCAGUCUAAAGAAAAAAGACGCUCGAACUAUCUGCAAGAUCGACGUCGCCAAAGCAGGCCGCAUCUUUGAUUUUAUGGUCCACAGUGGCUGGAUUAUCAAGGGGUAG